AUGGCAACAACAAUGUUAUGUCCUGAUUGUGAUAAACAAGAAGGUAUUGUACCUUGUCUUGGAUGUAAAAAAGUUUUCUGUGUAAAACAUUUUCAAAUUCAUCGUCAAAAUCUUUCUCUUGAACUUGAACAUGUUGUUACUCGACGUAAUACAUUACAAGAAUAUUAUUUUAAUACAAUUGUUUCAACAUUUGAACCAACAAAAUUUGAAGCAUGGAAUAUAAUUGAUCAAUGGGAACAAGAUAUAAAAGAGCAAGCAAGACAAAUUGCUGAUCAAGCAAGAAAACAACUUGAUCAAUAUUCACAACAAUCACGUACUCAAAUUGAACAUAAAUUAAAUCAAAUAACUGAAACUAUUCAACAAAAAAUGGAACGAGAAAAUUUUCUUGAAGAAGAUAUUGAAAAACUAACACAUCAAAUAGAUGAAAUUGAUGAAAGUUUUCAAAAUAAGAAAUAUUAUCCACGUAUUGAAAUUAUUUCUCAACCCAUCGAUUGGAAUCCAGCAAUACAAGUAAAACUUUUAGUAGAAAAUGAAUCAAUAAAUGAAAAACCUAAACCACCUACACCACCACCAAUUGUACCAGUCGUUCCAUCAAAACCAAAAUAUCAACCAUCUAUUCAACAAAAAUGUUAUACAUGUGGAACAGAUACAUGGCAAAAAGAAUGCAAAUGUUGUAGUCAUACUUAUUGUGGUUGGCAUUUAAAACGACAUUUAAUUGAUUCAAAAAAACAUUAA